UUUUGUAUCAUCUCUUCUUUAUGACCAGAAAAUAGUAAUUAUGAAACUCCAAAUUCCUUCUAUCAGUGUACAAUGUCCUCAAAAUUUUAUGUUUCAACCAUUAUCUACUCAUUCAUCUACUUCUCUUUUCUGUUUACCUUCUUCUUUUUCAGCAAAAUGGGGUGCUAAAAAUGUAAACCUGGCUAUUUCUGUAAGAUCAAGAAAAUUCUUAAGGUAUCAAUACUUAGACAAAAAUUUCUGUAAAAGUUAUAGUAGUAUACUACCAUGUUGUAAUUCUAAUUCAUGCACUUCUCUGUUCUGUUUACCAUCUUCUUUUUCAGCAAAAUGGGGUGCUAAAAAUGUAAACUUGGCUAUUUCUGUAAGAUCAAGAAAAUUCUUGAGGUAUCAAUACUUAAACAAAAAUUCCUGUAAAAGUCAUAGUAGUAUACAACCAUGUUGUAGUUCAAGAUUAUGUGCAGAUUUUGGAGAAGAAAAUUCUGAGGGAUGUUCAUAUAAGAGUAAAUAUGGGGAAAAAGGGUCAUUUUUGCAAUCAGAAUUUGAGUCCCUAGAGCCAAGAAUGCUUGGUAUUAAACCAGAACCACCAUAUUGGCCAGAAAGAGAGGCUAUUUUAUGGUUAAGUAUUGAACAAAAGGCCAAGAGUUUUGGACUUCCUUUAUCACUUAGAAUGAUAAAAAAGAAACAUCAGUAUUUACCCGUAAAACGGUACAGUUUUUGCUCAAUGAAAAAAGCAUUUUCCUCAUUUGUUUUCAUAAUUGUGGAGUUGCAAACUUAUGCAUUGCAAAUGAGAGAAUCAGUAUGCAAUGAAGAUUUGGAGAUGAUUAUUGGUGAAGUACAGAGAGAAAUGUAUGCAUCAUUUAUUUGGCUUUUUCGACAAGUAUUUUGUCGUACGCCUGUGUUAAUGAUCUAUGUUAUGAUCCUUUUGGCCAAUUUUAGUGUAUACUCUACAUCUCACAAUGUUGCUAUUGCAAUGCCACAAAUGGAAAUAGCCUAUGAUCAUGUCAAUACAAUAGAAACAAGGGAUUUGAGUAAUUCGUCGACACUCUUCAAAUAUCCUCAUAUUUCUCAAGAAUUGUCAAGAUUUGAAGAUCAAGAACUGAGGAACGAUGAAGAGAUAGAAUUGUGGAACUCGAUAGAGGAUGAAGCCUUAAAUAUGAGAGGUUUAAGGGAUGUUGGGCUUGAUCAUGAAGUCAUGUUAAGAUUUUUUUCGCCAUUAUCUGUGGAGAUUGAUCAAGAUAACAGUGUUGAGUAUUUUAAGACAGAUCUUCUUUACCAGAUGGCGCUGUCUCACGAGCCUUAUAACACGCUUCUACUAUGCAAUUAUGCACAGUUUCUGCAAGUUACUGCUCGAGACUAUAAUAGGGCUGAAGAGUGCUUCAAACACGCAGUUCAAGUGGAACCACCAGACGCAGAGGUCCUAUGUCAGUACGCGAACUUCUUGUGGACAGUUAGGAAGAACUUAUGGGAAGCAGAAGAAAGAUACCAACAGGCCGUGGCAGCCGAGCCUAGGAAUCCUUAUUAUGCAUCUACAUAUGCCAAUUUCUUGUGGAGCACUGGUGGUGAAGAGACCUGUUUCCUUCCAAGUAUAACCCCCUUCAAUGACAGAAUGGGAAAAGAAGUUUAAUCAUAACAGAAUAGAUUAUCCAAAGUUGUAUCACGUUUAUACUAUUAACCUCCCAAUGACAUAGAAGAUGGAAGAGGCUACAAAAAUGCAUUAACUACGAGGAAAUGGUGAUCUUAUUAUUCUUCUAUGGUGUUAUGGUACAUGUUUACUACAGAGUGGAGAAGAAGAUGCUCAACACAACAACACAGAUAGAAGGGUGAAGCAGCGUCGUCUGUGUUGCAACGGAGAGUAGAAGUUUUUGUCCUGUAUAUUACAAUUUGAAUAAAUGCUCUCGUGAAUAUCUUUUAUUAGCACAACAUAGUUAUCUUUUAGAUGACCUGAUCGUACGAACACCAGUAGUUAUCUUUUAGAUGACUUGAUAGUGUAAGUAUUACACUGUCAGUGUAUAGUAGUUAAACUCUUCAGGAAACGGAAGAAAGAAAAAGUUCAAGUUAUAUGGAAAGAGCAUAACUUCUCUGGUUGUCUGGUGAAGCCUAUGGCUAGGAGUUUGCCAUUUUGUAUCAAUUUUGUGAGGUCUAUAUAUAGUAGUGGAUUUAUCUCUCUUAUCAA